GUGCGAACAGGGGUACCGAAGCGUUCAGAUACACCUGGUCGCUUCUGAGCGCAUACGCCUUCGCCGGAGUGACUUCCUCCGCUGCCGACAAAGAAGCACGACGUCGAUGGUAGCCACGUACCAUAAAGAGCUUCUCGCUACUUCCACGGUCAAUGUGCUGGCGCUGGUGACCUUGUUCCCCUGUGGACUCUUCAAGUUCUCAAUAUCUCGUCUUCGCGUACAGCGACGAUGGCGCCGAACGUCAUGCUUGGACUUUGCUUGGGUGUUCUUGCUUUUGUGACCACUUUAACGAAUGCGAGGGACACAUCUCCGGCCGCUCUGAAGGCGAAACAUGCCGCAGCGUUCGAAAAGCAGGCGAAGGCUUUGAGGCGUACUACCGAGUUCGAGAAGAGGGCACCCGGAGCGAACAUCAAGAACAUAACAUUCUCGAAUCCGAAGGCUUCAGAGUUCUGGGUUAACGGAAGCUCGAUCCCACUUGUUGACUUUGAUGUCGGGGACUCGUGGGCUGGUUUAAUACCGAUAAGUAAUGCGACGGACGAGACAAGACAGUUGUUCUUCUGGUUUUUCCCUCCUGGUCCAGAGGGAAGUUUGGAUGACUUGAUCUUUUGGACUAACGGAGGUCCAGGAUGUUCGUCUCUCGAGGGAUCUUUCCAGGAGAACGGGCCAUUCACUCAAGCUACCGGCACAGCUAAACCGACCAUAAACGAUCGAAGUUGGACUAACUUGUCGAGUAUCCUCUUUGUCGAGCAACCCGUGGGAACUGGAUUCAGUCAGGGUACACCUACCGCUCAGGAUGAGAAUGACGUCGCGGAACAACUCGUAGGGUUCUUUCAACAGUUCCUUGAGGUGUUCAGCGAGCUGAAAGGGAAGAACUUCUACCUUUCUGGAGAAAGCUAUGCUGGAAUGUACGUUCCUUACAUCGCGAACUAUAUUUACGAGAACGAAGGGGCGCUAGACCUGAACCUGCAGGGUAUCUGGAUCUCGGAUCCUGUGAUCGGGUGGGACGUAGUCCAGAGUCAGAUCCCCGCUGUAGACUUCGUGCACAAAUAUGAACAUGUCUUCUCUUUCAGUCAAAAUUUUACAGCCCAGCUCGAUGCCACUGCCGCAAAAUGUAACUACACCGGCUACGUUGACAAAUUCGUCACCUUCCCUCCAGACGGGCCUCUUCCCCUGCCCGGAACGUCUACCGAAAACGACCGUGGAUGUGACGUUUGGGACAUGAUCUUUGACGAGGCGGUCACUGUGAACCCUGCGUUCAACAUUUACCGCAUCUUCGACACCUGGCCCAUCUUAUGGGACGUCCUCGGCUUCCCAGGCUCUUUUGAACAGGCUCAGACCCUCCCGCUCUACUUCGACCGUACCGAUGUCAAAGAAGCGAUCCAUGCCCCAACGAACGUCAGUUGGUCCGAGUGUAGCGACGUGGACGUCUUCCCGAACGGUGACGCAUCGUUGCCUCCCGCUGUCAAUGGUGUCCUCGCCAAUGUGAUAGAAAAGAGCAACAGGACUGUAGUUGUGCACGGUCUGGGAGACUUUAUCUUGAUUGCGGAUGGAGCCAGGAUUGCGCUCCAAAACAUGACCUGGAAUGGGCUCCAAGGCUUCCAGACGCCCAUCGCCAACGAUUCCUUCAUCGUCGGUGACGUCCCGCUCGGUAAUACACACACGGAGCGCGGGUUGACUUACUACGAAGUCGCUCUCAGUGGACACAUGGUCCCGCAAUACUCACCAAUCGCCGCAUUCCAGAUCAUGCAGUUUCUCAUGGGUUUCAGAGACAGCCCAUGAUCCAUGUCCAAUGGACUUAUGUAUGGUUGUGGACGUAGGACUUUGAUAGACAAGGCGAAUACGCACACGGGAGCCCCAAUUGAUGUUGUAAAUCUACAUUAUGGGAAAGCAAACGAGAACAUAACUGGUGUUACAUCCAGUUGACA